AUGACUGCAGCGACUGAUGAGGAAAACCCUUCAGUUUUACAUCCGUCACGGAAAGUUUUGGGGAUCUUCAAGGAUCCAGAACCCGGUUUUGCAACAACGGCUAUAUCGAUUAUCGCAAAUUUUGCAAUAACCAAUAUGUUUAUAUAUGGGCUAACUGGAAAUGGAAAGUUUGCAUAUUUGGCAUCAACCCUAACCGUCCCGUGUUCCGUAUUUUUGUGUGUUAGAGAUCAGGCAAAAGACUACGAGAAAUGGAAAGAACUUAGCGCAUUACGCCAAAAAGGAAUUCCAGACCGAUUCAUGCCUUAUAAGUGCAGAUAUGACUGGACAGCCUACGAACAAAGAGAACGGUCAAAAGCUGCGAUCACAAUUAGCGAG